GCACUUCAACGUACAGGAAUACAUGUACUGUGUGGAUAGCUGCACCCACAGUUGAAGAUAAACGCAUUACCCCUAAUGCGGUCGGCUUUGCGCAUGUUGAUAACCUCACAAAAGCAACACAAAGGAACCUCCGAUCAACAGAAAGCCCUCGCGAACAAAACGGGCACUUCGAGCCCGGCAAACUCUGCUGGUUAUUGUUAAUUUGAUCAAUAGGUGUUUUUUUGUCAGGUCGUCCGGUCGCCUUGGUCUCCACGCGUUGCCGACCGGGGGGUCAACCACUUGUAUGUUUUGUUGCCAACUAACGUGGUUCGGGUAACGAGAAUUGGAGCCUGAAAAACGCUGGUGUGAUUUUGUAAUAGUGGACAGAGUCUGACACAACUUGGUCUAGCGCUGGCAUUUGUUAGUGUGUCUACCAAUAUCUGCUUCUGUCAUAUUCAGCAACUAAUCUUGUUGGGAACGUGGGUUUCGACGCAAACUAUAUGCUAUCAAUGGGCUUUGCAGCAUGACAGAGUACAGCCACUGGAUGGAGACAUUGUACGGCUGGGCACCGGCUUCUAUGAAGCCCAAAUCACUGGGAGCCUAUGUCCACAGCAGUGGUUUCCAAGGCCUCUCAAAUAUUGGCAUGGUGGUUCGAGAUCUUCACACUGGGAACAUUAUUCAGCUGGAGUCACAGGCUACCGGUGGACUGCUGAGAGUAAACGGCAUAUCUGGAAGAAUCGACUUUGGUGGAAUCUUUGGAAAACAGUCUCAAUUUAUUGUCCAGAGGUACUUGGGUGAUGUAGUGACACUGAGGUGCGUUGCCAACCCUAAAAAUUUCCUUGUUCUUCGAAAUGGUACCCUAUAUGCAAAUGGUAAGGGUGACCCCCUCUGCCGAUUUUGCUUCCAUCUCUGCGACGGCCAGUACAUGAAGUUUGAGUCAGUCCACAAUGCAAACCGCUACAUGUCAGUUCACAGGAAAUACGGAGGGGAUGACGACGUACGAUCAUUACGGACUAAGAGUGCCAUGUCAUCUGGGGAAAGAGGAACACAGGGUCUCUUCAAAGUCGUUCUGGUGGGACACAUGAAUCAAAGUUUUGCCACGUAGUCGAAGUUGUUCCCUCUCCCUUUCAGUGAUACUUUUUAGUGAUGACAAGUUGGCUGGAACUCUGAGCCAGGGAACUGGAAAUAUCAAUCCCAAGUACCAGUGGUGUAACUGGGGCUAAAUUUCCAGGGGGGCACCCGGGGGUGCACACAUAUUUUUCAAGGGGGCGCUACAAGAAAAUAAACCGCAGCUGUAUUUCAAUGGAGACUAUGCAGAGAUUUCAAAUGGGGGGUACCCAAGGGGGCAAGGGCAUCUGCUGGGAGGGCAUGUGCCGCCCCCCCUAUAGUUACGCCACUGCCAAGUACUCUUGAUGAACAAUCUUGUUUUCCUUUGCAUGGGAAUUAUGCACAUCAUGUGCGAGUCAUCCAGCAUCCCUGAAGUUUCAUGUCAUGAUCCUGUGCUUAUGUCAAAACAGUUAGGCCGGUCAUCUACCUCGGAGUUUUAUGCCCUUGCAAUGAAGACAAGGCCCAGCUGGCAUGGCAAAUCUGGUUAGCAGAACACUGUAAAGGAAAAGCAUUUGGGUUGUUCUAUCCCUGGCAGCAAUGGAAUGCAUUCUGCCGUCCAGACCAGCAUGGCAGCCAGCAGUGUAUGCGCAGAUUUAGGGACAUGUUUCCCCGCGACUACCCUUUACAUCGGUUUGCCCUCAACUAACUUCACUUUUCUAAAAUAUGACAAACUACCUACAUACGUCAGCUCGGGCGUUUGUCCCGGGGGGGGAAGCACUUUUACAAUUUUUCUUGGGGUGGGAAGGGCAAAGGAGAUGGGAUUUAAUGAAAUAGCCGUUUGCCAAGCUCACUGUUUGCCUGUGUCUAAAUGUUGCAGGGAUUAAGUUGAAUAUAAACAUGUACAUGCAGUGCAGGACGAAUAUCACUCGUUGAGCAGUAAUGCCAAGAUAAAAGAAUCAAGGUCUACUACAUUGCCAGCUCCAAAUACCUGGAGCCAGCUGUGACAGUUAUUAUUGCAUAUUGUACAAAGAUGAACUGUCUCAUACGUACAUUUAUCAUGAUCUAGAUUUAACACUGGCUUCACUUGUUCUUGGCUUCACUUGUUUUUGAAAGAAAUACGCAGCCCGUCUUGAACAAGUGUUUGGACAGCUUUGCAUGUACGCAAAGAAAGCAAACUUGCCAAUUUUUGAAGUAACAAAAUCAUUGCUGUGUUUAAUAAAAAAGGAUCUGACAUACGUAGUCUAUUUGCAUUUGGUUCUGCUGUGGAUUGUUGCUCCAUUUCAUUUGGGAGACAAUUGUUCUUCGGUACAAAUGUAAUGUUUGUUAGGUAGUAAUUGCUUUGUAACAUUCAUUUUUGUAAACUGUGUACGUGUGUAAGAUGUAUGAUUAAAUGACCCAUCAAGAAAAACGGUCAAGGGA